AGGUGGCGGUAAUGAAGUCAGUACUGUCUUUACGCUGGUUUCCACCAAGAAGAGGAGCGAGAACGUCAUAAUGACGUCCCUUUCUUGGAUUGCUGUCUGCGUGGCGGUAUUGAUAGAAGACAGGCAAUGGAGACGAAGGGGACUUGCUGAACUACACCAGUUUCUCCUGACUAGCCAUUUGUUUAUUGACACUACAAAAAAAUCAACACAAAUGCAUCGGAAUGCAGUCUAGAUCAGAAUAAGCAGAUCUGAAAUGUGUUGACUGGAAGAAAAGCACUCGAAGGACAUGAACCUUUGCCAGUCUAGGGAAAUGAGUUCUCCAGAGGAGCAGACAUUUUGAUUUGGAGCAGGAAAAGAAUAUGUGUAAGUUUUCAACAUUUAUUGCCUUCAAUUCAGUUGACCUAGUUCCAGUAUCUUUUUAUCGUGUCAUAGCCCUGUGCACAAAUUAAGGCUGGAGGAUCAAUGGACUUUAGAAAAUUGGAAACUCAAGUCACUGUUAUUGGUAUAGCAUGUUUUUUAACAAGCAUUGAGCAAAAGUGCUUUCCAGUAGAGGAAUAGUGUGACAUUACAAAUUUAUUCCCCAAGUUAAAAUAGCAAAGUCAAUUAGCAACCAUAUUAGUUAUUAUAUGAAUUUACCUGACUAAUUUAAAUAAUAAUAAUGCUGGAAUCCUACAUUAUUAUAGUACAAACUUACUAGACUAAUUUAAGCAAUUAAGAUUAGGACCCCACAUUUGUACAUACAGCGCCCUCCAUAAUAUUGGCACCCCUGGUUAAGAUGUGUUCUUUAGCUUCUAAUAAAUUCAAAUUUUUUUCUAAAUAAUAUAGGACCACAAUGAAAAAAAAGAGGGAAAUCCAACCUUUAAUUCAAGUGCAUUUAUUUGGUGAGGGAAAAAAAUCACGCAUUAAGAAAUAAUUCUUUUACAUCAAAUCAUGUGUGCCACAAUUAUUAGCACCCCUGAUGUUAAUACUUUGUACAACCCCCUUUUGCCAACAAAACAGCACCUAAUCUUCUCCUAUAAUACAUUUUUCUACGAUUUUCAGUGUGAGAUUAUGUUUCUGCAAUAAAAAUUAAAUUUAUUUUAAGGCUUUCAACACAUCUUAACCAUGAGUGCCAAUAAUUGUGGAGGGUGCUGUAUAAUACAAAUUCACAUUAGAAAUUUAAAAUUACAAUUAAAUGCUUUCCUAUUUAUUGCAACAUUAACCUUAUUUUGCACAAUUUGUCUCACCAGAUCUGUUUUUAAGUAGCCUAUAAUGCCUUUUCUCUAUUCCCGAUCCAGACGAUAGAUCUCUCACUGAGCCUGUGUGUCGGAGGCCCUUUGUCAUUCUGCAUCAUGCUGCAAUACACACACAUACACACACUUCAGCCAGGUUCACACUGCAAGAGUUUUAAAAAUCAGAAUACAUUGGGAAAUUGGGUUGUAUCAAAUGCAUAAAAAAAUCCUAGAUAUUAUUUUCUCUAAGCUUUAAUCAGGAUUGGAAAAUAAUGGAACAUCACACAGUACAGGAUAUUUUUAGGAUUAUUGUGCCUCAGGAGCAAUUGGGGAGCAGUGGACUACAUCAUGGGAUCUCAUGUGGUUGCAGAUGUAAGCAAAAUAGAGACUGUGGUUUAUUAACUUGCUGUAAUGCUAACGAUACUUUGCAGUGACAAAAAAAGCAAAAGCUUAAGGCCAAGCUCAUCAGGAUGAGAAAAUGUUUGAUAAAAUGAAUUCAGAACAGUGAUUAAGACUGGAUUCUUAAACCUUUCACAUUUUCAACAUUUGUUUAGAGCAAGGUUCCAGGCCAGAUUUCAGAGAAUGAAAUAGGUAAAUCAUCCCAAAAGCUCUUGUGGCCUGAGCCAAGCCUUAAACACAUACACACACAUAUAUACCUUGAUCAAGUUGUAAUGGUGGAGAGAACUAAGCAUCAGAAAGCACAGUGACACUUCAGUAGCAGUGAGGCUGACAGUGCUUGUUGCCUGCCUUACAUUUAAGAGCCAUAGACUACAUAAAAAUGAUGCACAUAGCCACCGUGAUGUUACAUGUUGGUUUGCGGAUUGCUUAAGUGAAGCUCAGAGUUUGCUACUUCCCAGUCACCAUCUUGGAAUUUUUGGAGCCAGAAGAGACCAUAUUUGAAAAAGAGGGCGGACUAGGAUAGCAGCAAGGGCUGAGGCGAACACUCUUCCUGUCCACCUCUAUUGGCCUGACUGCUGCUGCAUUUUGCAAUACCAGUGCUAACAUAGUCAAGGCCACUUAGCCUUCAUAAGUAGAGGUUAUCUCCACAGGUGAGUGUUAAAGCAAUCUUGUAGCUGAAGUUACUUUGUGUAAAUCAAUAUUAUACUGUGUGUAAUCACUUGUGGUAGAACAUGUUCUAACAUUUGGUUUAAAGUUUGCUCUGUCGUGUAAGGUUAUAUUUCCCAAUUCCUAAUUCCUAAAUUGGUUAACUAUUAGCUGUAACUACAUGUUGUGUGAGUUGUAGUUAAUCAGUCAUAACAAAUUCAUAGUGUUAUCACAAUUUCUAACUGUUGCUGUUUUACGUGUUUUGUGUAAACACGUUUUACGUUCAUAAAUACAGACAGACAUUAGCUAUCUAAGUUAAUGUUACACCACAGAACAUUGAUUGAUGUGUGUUCUCCUAGUUCAGUAAAUGAAGCAAAGGUCAGUUAUGUGUGCCCUAAUAUUAUUAUUCUUUGGUUAAGAAUCUGAUGAGACAAACAUCUGUUGAAAUAAUUCUUUCUCUUUCAGAAAAAGUAACGUUACUGAGGGCUGUUCACCAUGCCAUGAGCAUCUACGCUGAAUAACAGAGCUUGAUCUGGAUCGUUAGGGACAGCUAUGUCCAAUGUAGGCUACAGAGGACAUUAGUCCUUGGGCCAGGACCCAAAAUUUCGGGUACCACUCAAGUACCACUUUGGUUUGGUCACCUGAGGUGGUACCAAUAUCUGGUCUGGCCCAUGGACUAAUGAACAUUCAGCUGUAGCUGAGCUGUCUCAAGUGGAACAGGCUUCUACCUUUCUUCAUCCCGUCCCUGGAUGAGGAGUACCUCAUCCACUGCUGUAGGGAUGAUGUGACAAUUGUAUCAACCCUCACAGCAGCAAUGAUGAAUAACCUACACCACUUACACCUGGAGUAUCCAGACAUGAAGAUAAUUUUCUCUGGCACCACAUGAAGAUGCAGUUGGAACAAGCAGACUCAGACAGAAGCAGACCUCAUCAGUGUCUGGAGUGUGGGAAAUCUUUCAAUCGAAUCUGCAGCCUAAGAAGACAUGAAAUAACUCAUACUACGGCAAAAUUAUACCACUGUGAACAAUGUGGCAGCAGUUUCAGCCAACUAAAUGCUUACAAGCUGCACUUGUAUACUCACCCUGAGGAAACAUCAUACGGCUGUGACCAGUGUGGAAAGGAAUUCAGCAAUCAGAGUUCAUACAGGAGACACCUUCGUGACCACACUGGACCAUACAAGUGUGACCAAUGUGAAAAGAGUUUCAGUUACUACAGUAUUUACAAGAUACACAUGCGUGUGCACACUAAGGAAAAGCCAUACUUGUGUGACCAGUGUCCCAAAAGUUUCAGUUUUUUAAGUUCAUACAAGCGACACCAGCUUAGCCACAGUGGAGAAAAGCCAUACCAGUGUGAUUUUUGUGGAAAGAGUUUUAGCCAGUCCGGACAUUUCAGUCUUCAUCUGCGAAACCACACUGGUGAGAAACCAUAUGAGUGUAAGCAAUGUGACAAGAGCUUUAGUGAUCUAAGUAGUUACAAAAUACAUUUACGGGUCCACACAGGAGAGAAACCAUACUGCUGUGACCAAUGCGGCAGGAGUUUUUCUCAAUUAGGUAAUUAUAAAUCACACUUGCGUAUCCACACAGGAGAAAAACCUUUCCAAUGUGAAUUGUGCAAGAAAAGUUUCUCUAUUUCAAAAACUUAUAAACAGCAUGUGCACACUCACACUGGAGAGAAACCACAUAAGUGUAAAGAUUGUGGGAAAGGUUUUGGUCGUCUGAGCAACUACAUGCGCCACCUUCGUAUCCAUACUGGAGAGCAACCAUUCUGCUGUGAUCAGUGUGGGAAAUGUUUCAAUAGUUCCUACAGUUACAGCCGUCACCUGCGGGUUCACACUGGAGAAAAACCAUACUGGUGUUCACUGUGUAAGAGACUAUUUACCCGAUCACAGUCCUUGAAGAAGCACCGAUGCAUUAAAACAGAUGAAGAGAGUUUGGCCAUGAGUAACAAAGACAUGCAAGUGAGCUGCUUGCCAAGAGCCAACAGCAACCAGCAACCAACAGCAUAAACUUGGAAGAGGACAUGCUGUUGAUUGUUCUCAAUACAGGAAAGAAUUCAUCAGGAAGACAAGAUGACUUAUUGUAGGAUUAUUUCACUGUUGAAUUUGGUCUUGAUUCUCUGAAUGCUUGAACAUUAAAGAAUUCUUAGUCUUGUAGUCAUUCCGUAGAUACCAUUAUAUAAAAUAGGCAAUUGUAGAAUUUCAGCAACAAAUUAAUUUCUUGAAAAAUGUUCUGGGGUUCCAUCUGUUGGUCAUUUCAAGAAUUCUACAUUUCUGUUCUUUUUCUGUCAAGAUGGGGUGCUGAGUGUACAUUAAUGAGAAAUAAAAUGAAGUUUUUUGAUUUUGGCAAAUUGCUGCAAUGACACAGAGAGUGAAAAAUUUCAAGGGGUCUGAAUACUUUCCGUACCCACUGUAAAUAUAUAUAAAUUGAUCCUGCUCACCCUGGCCUUUUGUGUAUCUGACAAAGAUAAGGCAUUGAAUAAAUGGUUGGUUGGGACUUAAAGAAUAUUCACUUUUUCCAUAUAUGGACAUUGCAUUUUUCUGUGCAGGUUUUGAGGUAUGGGUUGUUAGCAGUUUCCACCACAGGUACCUCAGAGUAUUUAAAAAAAUAUUUUGAAAAAUCUAAGCAAAAAACACCAUGUGUCAAGCCUCACUGUGGCCUAUGUUUAACAUUCUCUUGCAUAUUUCUGUUAUGUUGUCACUGCAUGUGUGAUUUGUUAAUAUGUUAAUUUAGGAGAAUAAUUAGUUAGGCCCUUGUUUAAGAAAUAGUGCUCACAGAGAGUAUUAAAGGUUACUGAAAGAAUA